AAUUAACUUCUGAGCUUCCCUCUGACUGAUCAAGAAUCUACAGUUCAGAGCAGCAGAGGAUCAUUUUAUCUUAAACAUGGCUUCAGCUGCAGCAGGAAGUGUGGUGGUGGUCACUCAUGUGCACCCAUUACCCCAGGGUCUUGGACACCAACAUUAUGUGGAUACUCCGGGGAGGUUCAGCAAGGGCCGGCCACUGGCGCUUGGGACUGUUCAGAUCAUGAUCGGCCUGAUGGUGCUGCUGUUUGGGGUUGCUAUGGCAGUUAAUGCAGAUACAAUUGGAGUCUUCAGUGGGAUUUUUGUCUGGGGAGCUUUGUUUUACAUUGCAGCUGGAUCUCUGACAGUGGCUGCUGGGAAUUCUAUGAACCGUUGCCUGGUGAGGGGUGCUCUGGCUGUCAGUGUUAUAGCAGCAGUUGCUUCCACUACUGCAACCAUCCUCUACGGUCUGGAUGCUGCAGGAUUGAUGAACUCAUGCUACAUCACUGGUUCCUGGCAGUCCAUCUGCAACCUGUAUUUGAGUCGGAUGCAGGGGUUUUCAGGGGUCCUGGCUAUUUUCCAUUUUCUAGAGCUCAUUGUUUCAAUCACUGUCGCAGCAUUUGCCUGCAACGCUACUUGCAACUGCUGCACAGAGCGGCCAUCAAUCGUCUCCAUACCCGAGAAUGGUACAGUGACUACACAUGCUGCGUCCACUUUCCAAGCACCAUCUGUCUCAGUGGCUAAUGUCCCCUCACAGACAGUGACAGGCUAUAAAAACCCAGAGGAACCAAGACCUACCGUUCUGAGUGACCCUCCACCUUACAAUGCUGAGUGUUGAGUGUUUACAAUGCUCAAUAUUGAGUCCACACUGACUAUCCUGCUCUGAAUACCUGACAUCAUGACUACCCAUCCCCUGAAAUCUCAUGCUUUUUCUGGCUUCACUCACUGCAUUUGCUACAUGCACACCAAUAGGUGACAUAUUAACAUGCUGUUAAAUGGAACCUGAAAGAAUUUAAAAAUCUAAAUUAAAUCAGUCAGUCAUUAACUGAAUUUUGUAUAUAUUAGAAAUGUUUGAUUUGCCAACAUGAAGCUACUUCAAAUAAAUGCUAAACUUAAAGAAAUUAUAAAACUGUUUCUUACUGACACCCAAAAUAUUUCUGUCACACACCAGAAGACUCAAACGCAGAAUCACAGGUCACAGACAGGAGUAAGGCAAAACAGUCACUUUAUUUAAAGUUCCAGGCAGAGCAGAGUACAAACCUUUCCAGAGGUUGAACCAAAAAAUACAAAUAACCAGGCAAAGGCACAGAGACAUCCGACAGAGGGAAAAGAUGAAAAACAGGCACAGGUCAAAAAGGAUCCAAAAAGGCAACGAUGCAAAAGCAGGCUGGAGCACAAACUACGAUCUGGCAAACAACAAAGGCCAACUGACUGGUAUAAAUGCUGACAGGUAAAUGAGCUAACAAGCCACAGGUGUGGCAGAAUGAGCAGGCUGAGGAGUGUCAGUGGGCGUGGUUGGUGUAGUGGUGGGAAAAAGCUGGCAGAUCCUCACUGGAGACUGAGCAGAGGGGUGUGAGCAGGAGAAGCUGCAGGAGGGCAAGGAUUAAGGGGAGCAGGAAGCCUCAGCAGUGUCCAUGACAAUUUAUUUCUUUUUUCAUUAAGGAAAGAGAGAAUAGCACAGUAGAGUUGAUUUAUUUAUGAGGACCAAGAUGAACUGCUGAUACCCUUCACAAAAGAGAUAUUAUCAAAGUCAGACAAUUUAGGGUUUUAUUUGUCAGUUUGUGCAGUACCACGCUUUACUUUAAAAUGGUACUAUGGUGAUAUAGAAUUGUACUGCCACAAUGUCAGCAAAGGCAGAGAUACCCUGACACUGGGUUUUUAGUUUUGGCAAGCUCUAGAGGCACUGGAGCACAUACUUUGUUUGACCCUCCCAGCCUGGUAAAUGCAUGCAUUUUUCAAACAGAUAUAAGAAAAAAAAACUAAUUAUGUCAUCAGGGUUUUCUCCAGAGGCUAUGGAAAGCUCCCUCGAAAGCAGCAGAAGACAAAAUACACUCGUUUUCACUGGCUGAGCUUUAACUUAUGUAAAGAUGGAGUUGCUACACAUUGUUAGAUUGGUUGUUUUCAUUUUACUGAAACCAUGAGGACUGGAGAAGACCCUAAGCCAUUCAGACUUAGGCCUACCGACAUGACGAAAAAUCAAGUGGUAACUCCCUUCUUCUGAAUCUGUCAUGAAGUCAGAAUAUGUGUCUGUUCAUUGAUUACCUGACAUGUUAUUUCUGUUCCUUUGGUCUGUAAAGGUCCACCAAUCAUGAAUAUUGUUUUAAGAGCAUAAUGUGGUGUUGUGUCAAUAUGCUGAGUGCUGUUAUCCUCAGGUGCAUAAAAAAAGUGUCAUAACAUAAUUUAUGUUAUUCGAAGCCUAAUUUUUAUACAAGUGAUGUUCAUACUGUUUUAUAUGAAGGGCAUUAUGACACAAUCAAGUUUCCUGAUAAAGAAUGCAAUUAUGAGUAGAUUUUUAAAAGGGAUCUGAGCAGAUUCACAACAUUUUUGGUGAAAUGACCCUUCACUACUGUAAAAGGCAGAUCAAGAUGGUGCCAUGGAUGGCUUCCUUUGUGUGUUGAUGCACAUUGUAAAUUCAGUUUUCUGCUGAGGUAGCCAGAGCUCUUUCACCAAAGAUUAGCAAAUGAACAUCAAGAAAAAAACUCCAAUGGAUUUAUUUCCCACUUCUCCUGCAUCAUCUGUUAAAUCAUUGGACAUUCUUGUCAAAGGUGCCCUUGCCUCAGUGGCGGCUGCUGGUCUUGCAAACAGGGGAAGCUCCCUUUAAGUUUACAUUGUAAUAGUUGUCAUAUUGUGGCGAGGUAGUAACUUAUAAAAGGAGCAUUUAAUUGAAGCUGUUUUUCAACCACACUCAUGCCACAGAACCACAGCAAAACACACCUCAAAGAUUUUCAGAUGGGUGAAAAGACCUGUUACUUUUCCCCACCCUUUGCACCAAAUCAAUCUGAGGUGUUGAUCUGCCCUGCUGUUUAACUCUAAGUUUCUCCUCGUAAGGAAGACUAUGAAACGGCUUCACCAAAAUCCGGUUGACAAUAUUCAAAUUGUCUGCUAUUAUGUGCAGCUUGCUAGCUUGCUCACUAGCUGGGGCUGCAGCGUGAGGCUAGUGUGACCGCCUGUGAGCGCUUUGGAACGGUGGAGGGGCCGACAGCAGCACCCGCUGCUCGUUGGGGACAGUAACUGCAGAGCGACAGAAGUCAGAGUCUCCAAACACGAGUACAGUCUCCAGUAACACCAGAAAAAGAUGCUAGAUUUGUCACUUGUCGUUUUUAACAAAGAAAAAGUCACUAAGAGGAUUGGAAAAGUCUCCAGAUCAACUCGGAACAACGGAAUGAAACUUGAAAAUGUUCCGGUGGUGGUUUAUAUUUCUAGAUCGCUGAUUCGCUCAUUUCACUGUCAAUCAAAAAGGGAUUCAGCCUCAGACAGAUCAUCCAAUCAUCAUGCAGAAGCCCAGCGUCCAGGCCAGCCCACUGCCCCAUAGACCCCCAGAGACGCUGAGCGUCCGAUGGGCGGGACAAAACCGAGCAUUUAUCCAAUGACUGUCUAGUUUCGCUGCAGUGGAACAACCCACUCUAUGCUUCCCCAUUGAAGUCUUUGGACGCUGAGCUUCCACUGUUUAAUGCACUGUGACACUACGGGAAUGAAUGAGAAGAAAGUCGCGUCAGUGACCUGUGAUAAGUAGCUGAUUCUGAACAAAAGUUGAACGCGUUCUAGCACAUAUUUAGUCAAUGAAAUGUAAACACAACAGUACAUAUUUGACCACUUAUUUCUUGACAUUUUAGGGGAAGCUGAGCUUCCCUUGCAGUCUUAGAACAAUCGCCACUGCCUUGCCUUUGUUUGUGCAGUAAGGACAGGAACACAGAGUUCCACACCAUUAUCUGUGGUGGUUUGGGAAAGGCAGAGACAGGCUGAAAACAAACAUGACAAACUCUCAUCAUAGAUUUAACUAUUUCUUGCAACAAAUGGAAAGACAGUUAUGUUUGGGGCUGAGGGCUGCACUCUUGAGGUGCUCCCUGGAUUAGACAAGCAGCAUGCUAUGCCAAAACAGGGAGUGCAAUGCCAAAAACAACCCAGGUAUAUAAGAGUGAGCCCAAGCAAGACAUUAAAUACCAUUUAACCUUAGAUUCAUGUUAGGAUUCUAAAUUAGAAUGGUGGGGGCUGGGGUGGCGGAGGUAAAGCUUUCCCAGCAGCAGCAGCAGUAGCAGUGGUGUGUGGCAGCAUUGGUGUAGCAGGGAUCAGUGAGUAGGAAGCCAUAUCAAAAUGAACCACCUUGUAUGGAAAUGGGCUGUGAUUGGUGUGUGACUGAUAAGAAACAAUGAUCCAGUCAGCUGUCUGUCAGCUGAUUAUAGCUGGAGUGUAUGACUUCCGUGUCCUGCAUGUACUAACGCAAAGCUUCGUUUAAUUGGAUUAUAUUCACAGAAAAUGUAAGACAUGUAACCUGUGUUUCUUAUAAAUUAAAAAAUCUGACUAAAUUGUGGAGGAAAUUACGUUAUUCUUUAGUGCCACCCCGACCCCCGCAGUGGAUGAGGAUAAGAGGCCCAAAAUUUUGCCACCGGCUCAUAUUUCUUAUUUACUUGCCUGACUGUGAUUAAUGUGGUGUGUGUUGUCUUCACUGCAAUGUAUGAACUGCAGCUAUCCAACUAGCUAAACUCUUUAUAAAAUGAUGUUCUGAGACAUUUUAAACUUUAGCUGAGGUUUAGUGAUGGUCUAUCAUCAUCCUACAGACAGAGUGAAAACUGCAAUAAGAACAGAAUACAAACGAAAUCACCAUUCUGUUGCUAACGUGCUAACAUUUCUCCAUGUAAAUACGUGUAAAUAAACAAUCUUAUCAACUACAAUGAAAUGUCUUUUAAAUCUAAAUAUCUUCUCAACAUUACCUUAUAAGCAUAGCUAUGAAUUAAGCUACUCACGACAUUGCCUCUGUGGUGUUUACAUCGUGGAUAGAAGGGGAGAUGAACGGGUUUCAAAAUGAACACAAACUAAUGUUGGGAUUCACAGGACCACAGAGAUCAUUUGGUAAAAUCUAAACAGGACAUUUGAAGGCUUUUUCCUCUGCAUGCAAGUUUGUCUUCAAACAAAGAGAGCUAUGUGACACCCAUCUCCACAGGAGGUCUCACCUCACACCUCAGUGAGACUCAAGUCCCAAAACUUGAUUGGACAGGACCUUAACAGUGACAUGUGACUCUGAUGUCACAGGCAUCUGUACAAGGUCUGCUCCCUUCAGACAACUCUUCUCUUGAUCCAACUGCGGAGCAGCACACACUUUUUUCCGGCUGGGCCUGGACCGGCCCAGAUGCUCAGAUCCUUGCUCCUUGCCCUGAACCAUCAAAGAUGGGGCAAUUGAUCACAGACUCUCUAACCUGAACCAGAACGUUAGAGGUACAAGCACAAGGUUUGCAACUAGCUUUCCAGCAACAAGGAACUAAGUGAGUUAGCACCCAGCAUCUAACUCUGCAAGGACCCCGAGCGACUGGCUUCCUCAGAUCAGAACCUUUGGAACAAGGACACAACAAAGACUGCAGCUGGAACCACAGCUCCCCCAGCCUUCUUUUGUCGACUAACAAAGCAGUACACCACCAAGUGACUCUUUUUCCCAUCCAAUCAAGGAUCGGUAAAGUAACAACUGGGCAUAGCUUCAUCACAACUUUACAGGCUAAGCAAGACUGUUUAACUUGUUGUAUGUGAUUUAAUGCUGUCAUUGAGUUAUUGUUGUGAUUGUUUGCAGUUAGGUCAUUGGUUAGUUGGCUUCGCCAAAGCUACGUGUUUAGUUUGCUAAUACUGUUCACAAACAGAUUUUUGCACACAACUAAACAAUCUCUGCAUUAAUCCAGACCGUUUGCAAAACAAAGCACACUGACAUGGACUCAUUAACAAAUACGCUUUCAACAGAGCUACACCCAAACAGGCACCUCAAAGUUCCCGCUUCUAUUCCUUUGUCUUUGUCCUGACCACACGGUCAGACAAAUACCUCCCCCGACCUGAAGCCAGCUUUGAUUCGGCCAUCUUGUAGUUCUCUGUUUUCAGCCAUUUUGUUUUGUA